UGUGUUUUAUAUUGUUUUUGAGAUUGAUGUGUAGUUUUCUGUGCAUGUUGUUUUUCUCUUGUUGACGUUUUAUGAUCGUAAAAUAAUCGUAUUCUCGUCUUAUGUGGCGAUUUUGUGACGGACCCUUUUAAAAAGUCCGUUUCAGGAGAAACAAGAAGAAAUUUGAGAAUAUCAUGUUUAAUUUAUGAGCUCAUCAGUCACUCAUUCCAAAGCUAUUUUAUGUUCAUCAUGAGAGAGCAGGUGGAUGUGAUUCAUGCUGGAGAACAGCAGAUGCUGCAGACAUCAGUGAAGAUUGAAGUGAUGCAAGAGGAGAUAAAAGAAGAAAACACAACAGAGGAACAACAGAAUGAUGAAGAUGAUGAUGAACAGCAGAUGAUACAGACACCAGUGAAGAUUGAAGUGAAGCUGGUGGAGAUAAAAGAAGAAAAUACAACAGAAGAAGAACAGAGUGAUGAAGAUGAUGACGAACAGCAGAUGCUGCAGACACCAGUGAAGAUUGAAGUGAAGCAGGAGGAUAUAAAAGAAGAAAACACAGCAGAGGAACAACAGAGUGAUGAAGAUGAUGAUGAACAGCAGAUGCUGCAGACACCAGUGAAGAUUGAAGUGAAGCAAGAGGAGAUAAAAGAAGAAAACACAGCAGAGGAACAACAGAGUGAUGAAGAUGAUGAUGAUUUUAUUAAUUCAGAGCCGACGGAAGUGAAAGAGCAACAUCAAGAACUGAAUGAAAAGGAGGAGAAACUUCAGCAUCAGAAUUUCACAACUGGAGAAAAAUCUUUGAGUUGUUCAAACACAAAAAAGAGUUGCUCACCAAAAAAGCAUCAAAGAAGAGCAGCCAAGAAAUCUCUUAUCUGCUCUCAGUGUGGAAAGAAUUUCAGUUUUAAAAGUGAUCUUAAUAUACAUAUGAGUGUUCAUACUGGAGAGAAGCCUUACACCUGCCUUCAGUGUGGAAAGAGUUUUGCACGUAAAAAAUAUCUUAAUAUGCACACAAGAGUUCACACAGAAAAAAAGCAUUUACCAUGCCAUCAGUGUGGAAAGAGUUUCACACAAAAACAAUAUCUUAUUAAACACAUGAGAGUUCAUACUGGAGAAAAGCCUUACACGUGCCAUCAGUGCGGAAAAUGUUUUGCAUAUGCAGAUAAUCUCAAGAAUCAUCUUCGCCGUCACUCUGGAAUAAGACCAUUUGAAUGUGAUAAGUGUGGAAAAAUAUUUGUUUUGGAUUCAGGCUUAAAACAACAUCUGAAAAGACACACAAAUGAGAAGCCUUACAAGUGUUCUUCUUGUGGAAAGAGUUUUGCAGACCUGUCCUAUUUUAAAGAGCACCAGAAAAUACAUACCUUUAUGAGGGCUCAUAUGUGCUUUGAAUGUGGGAAGACUUAUAUUACAGCCAGCCACUUGAAACAACACCAAAAAAUUCAUACUGGAGAAAAACCUUACAAGUGCUCACACUGUGAAAAGAGUUUUACUUGCUCGCAAAACCUGCAAAAACACGAGAGAAUCCAUACUGGAGAAAAACCUUACAAGUGCUCACAAUGUGAAAGGAGUUUCACUCGGUCAGAGCCCCUGAAAACACAUGAAAUAAUUCAUACUGGAGAGAAACCAUACCACUGCUCUUCAUGUGGGAAAAGUUUCAGCGCAGCAAGUAAUCUAAAGAGACAUAUAAAAAAGAAUUGCCCAAGUAUUCACAGUGAGCAAAAAUCAUAUUAAGGUCCAAAGAUAUCAAGUAAAAUUGUUGGAAGUUCAGAUGAACACAAAGAUAGAAUUUCUCCCAAAAGACAGCAUCAUCUAAGAAAGUAAAAAAGGACAUUUAACAAAGUCUUCGUAUUAAUUCAGGAAUUUUUCGGAAUGCUUUUCUGUUGUGUGUGGGCUACCUUUUUAUUAAUGGAAACUAAGGAUGCUACAGUCAAUCGGCCAUUGAAUAGUAUCGUCCUUUAAUCACUUCCUAUGACUCAAUCAGUGGUCUCAUAAUUAGGCCGCAAAAGGCUCCUUGAAUGAACAUUGCAUUUAUAUAGUGUUUUUCUGACACUACACUCAAAGCGAUUUACACAGUGAACCAGGGACUCUCCUCAACCACCACCAGUGUGCAGCAUCCACCUGGAUGAUGCGACGGCAGCCAUAGUGCCCCAGUACGCUCACCACACACCAGCUAUUGGUGGAGAGGAGAGAGAAGAGUUAUAGAGCCAAUUAAUGGAUAGGGAUUAUUAGGAGGCCAUGAUUGAGAAGGGCCAAUAGGGGGAAUUUGGCCAGGACACCAGGGUUACACCACUACUCUUUCAAUUUUUAAUGACCAUAGAGAGUCAGGACCUCAGUUUAACAUCUCAUCCGAAGGACGGUGCCUUUUUACCGUAUAGUGUCCCCAUCACUAUACUGGGGCAUUAGGACCCACACACUCCCUAAUACCUCUUCUAGCAGCAACCUUAGUUUUCCCAGGAGGUCUCCCAUCCAGGUACUGGCCAGGCUCAACCCUGCUUAGCUUCACUAGGCAACCAGUCUUGAGCUACAGGGUGACAUCACUUCAGCGUCACUGUCAUUUCAUCAAGGGUGAGUGGAACAUUGGCCGAAUGUUGUAAGACAACAAAUCUGAUUCGCCAGUAAAGAAUGAUGCGGUGAGAGAGGUAUGGGAAUAUAAAAAGCUUGUAUGAAUGCUAUUUCUCACGGUACACCCUAUCAUCCUACAUUUAGGAAAUCCACCACCGGUCCAGCUGCAGAUGUUGAGGUCCCUUCAUUGCACCAACAAAAAAAAAAAAAAAAUUUUAUUCAUUUUAUUUUAUUGGAACAAAACCAAGCUAUGAGACUGAUUCAAAAAGUGGGCCCCACCCUCUGAAUGUAUGAAGAGAUGUAAAAAAUUGUCUCUGCAUAAAUGGCAGAGUCUGUUUUUUGUGCCUAUUUAUUUUUCUUUAUUUUUAUUCUCUUCCUUGAUGUCUGUUCUGUUUUCUCACAUUCGCUCUCUCUGUUUUGUGCACAUUCUGAUUGGCAAGAUCUUGUCAGUCUCAGAAGAUGUGCACCAACCAAAAUAGUGAAUUAAUCAUGACAAAAUUCUGAGAAAGGGAAAAAAUACACACGCUCAUGCUCAUAUUGCAAUUUUAUUUUGUUUUGUAAUUAUUGUUUCAAUAGUUUCUGCCAAAAUACCAUAGUUACUGCAAUUGUUAUUACUAUGCCUUAACGUUUACAUUCAUAUGGUAAGACUUUCAAACUAUGGAAAAUGCUUACAAAAUCUUUGUAUUUUCUUGACUAAUACUAAGUUACCACCGUAUUAUUGUAAUGACAAUACCUGUAUUGGCAUUAACUAUACAGCAGUUACCUUAGUACAUGUUUCUAAGGGUAACAAAAUGGGAUACUUUGAGGAAAAUAUUAAGUGAUACCUUAUUUCAAUUCAAACUUAAAGGAGUUUCCAUGCCAUGGAUUCUUAUUUUAUUUUCGGUCACACUUUAUAUUAGGUGGCCUUAAGUACUAUGUACUAACAUUAAAUACAUACCAGACUAUAUUUUCUGUGUAACUACGUGUUGUUCUGCAAAAUGCCCACAUUUGCUGCUAAUGAGGUUGAGGUACGGGUAGGUUUAGGAGUAAGGUUAGGGUUAGGAUUAGGGGUUAGAGUUUUCUUCCUUGAGGUCCACAUUAUGUUAGUAAAAUUUCUUGCACAAAAACAGUCAUAAUGUAGUAUUACAUGACCUUUUUCUACCCUGUGUUUAGUCAUCUAUCUGAAACGCUCCGUUUGACCUGUACUACAGCUUUAAAACACGCCCACUGUUCUAAUUGGCUAACAUCUUUGCAGAGUAAAUGCCCUCCCGCUAUUACACAUGUGGAACUGUAUUUUCCAAAAAUGAAAGAAUGAAAACAUGUAAGCGAUUUACAAAAUCCACUAAAAGCACGCGCUCCAGACAAUCAUUGACAGCUGUAUGUUCCAUUAAAUGUGAAGCACACAAUUGAAUUACAGCAGUUGUUCAGCUGAAUAACUGAUAACUGAACUGAAGUCGGCACACUGUUGCUUCCAAGUACUUACUUUGUCAGGCAUACAAGAUUUGGUGGUAAAAUAAUGCUAUGUAAAGCUGAAAACAGUGAAAAUAGUCCAGAAUAACACAAGCCGUGAAUGUGAAAGGUUAAUAAAUCUGUAUUCAGCUGUAAAGAGAGUUAUAAGAGUUAUGGAGUGGUGGUGGCAUGGUGGACUAAAGCACCAUAACUGGUAAUCAGAAGGCUGUUGGUUUAAUCCCCACAGCCACCACCAUUGUGUCCUUGAGCAAGGCACUUAACUCCAGGUUGCUCCAGGGGGAUUGUCCCUGUAAUAAGUACACUGUAAGUCGCUUUGGAUAAAAGUGUCUGCCAAAUGCAUAAA